AUGACAUUGGCGCCAUUAGGAGAUGACCUGUUGAAUUGUGUUUUGAAAAUAUUCAUUGAUAAUAAAGAACACUGGACUGAAACAAAAAGUAUGAAAAUGACGUUAAGACCGUUGUGCGAUGCUCUUCUCAAAAAGGCUGAAGAAGAGAUUAAUGAGGAGCCUCGAAGAGUGGCUUCUGACAUCGAAGGUCUAAGGACCUGGCUUGCAAAGCAGCCCCACUUAUAUACUGUACAGCCCACGGAUCAAUGGUUAGUAGCAUUUUUAAGAGGUAGCAAAUUUAGUAUGGAAAGAAGUAAAGAGAAAAUAGAUAUGUAUUAUACUCUCAAAAGUCUAGUCCCAGAAUUUUUCUCAAACAGGGACCCCUUAGAUUCAAAGAUUCAGGAAAUCUUGAAAUUAGGAACAUUCCUGCCUCUGAAGAAAUGUGCAAGCGAAGUUGCUCCAAGAAUAAGUAUAGUAAGAAUUGGAUUGUUGAAUCCUUCACAAUAUCAUUUGUCUGACCUGCUGAAAGUAUCGCUAAUGAUCACUGAAAUUCUUAUGUUAGAGGACGACCACUUCACUGUGUGUGGCGAGGAAGUAAUAGUGGACAUGAAGAACGUGGGAGUUGCUGUGUUGAGCCAGUGGACUCCAGCAAUGGCAAAGAAGGCUAUUUCCAGUUUCCAAAAUUCUCUACCAGUCAGAGUCAAGAGUAAUCACAUCAUGAACACACCAAUGGGCUUUGAGGCUGCUUUUACUAUCCUUAAAUCAUUCUUGGGUGAAAAGCUGAAGAAAAGAAUUCAUGUCCACAACCAGAACUAUGAAGCAUUGUACAAGUAUAUUCCUAAAUCCGUGCUACCCAUUGAGUACGGAGGUGAAGAUGGCUCUCUUAGUGUGUUGACAGAUUAUUGGAAGGCAAAGGUGGAGAGUUACCGUGAUUGGUUUUUGAAAGAAGAAAAUGCGAAGACUGAUGAAUCGAAGCGACCGGGCAAGCCGAAAACCACCUCGGAACUUUUCGGGGUCGAAGGCUCAUUCAGGAAACUUGAAGUUGAUUAG